AUGAAGAAGCCCCAAGCCCUGUCCCUGCCGCGGUUGUGCGCCGCCUUCGCCAUCGCGCUUGGCGCCCUGUCGCUGGGCGGCGUGGCCCACGCCGACAACCAUGCGCUGAUCAUGACCAUUGACUACGCCGGCACGGGCAACCAGCUGCCGCCCGCCGGCAUCGAGGCCGAUGGCCGCCUGGCCAGCCAGAUCGCCGAGGGCAUGGGCGUGCCGCGCAGCAACAUCCGCUGGGUGCGCAACAAGGAGCUGUCUGCACAGGGCAUCGCCGACGCCAUCCGGCAGCUGGCGAACGAACGCAUGCAGGAGGGUGACAAGGCCUUCCUGUUCUAUUCCGGCCACGGCGCGCAGGUGGACGGCCGCAACGGCAGCAAGUGCACCGAGGGGAUGGUGUCGGCCGACUUGAAGAUCGUGGCCGACAGCUUCCUGCAGGAGGCGCUGGAGGUGCUGGCCGCCAAGGCCAGCCAGGUCGUCAUGCUCAACGACUCCUGCUUCUCCGGCGGCCAGGCCACCAAGUCGCUGACGCGCAGCGCUGAUGGCUCCACGCCGAAGUUCGCCGUGCUGCCCAAGGCCGGCUCGGCCAACGACGAGGGUUACCAGUGCGGCAACGCGGUCAACGCCAAGGCCUUGUCGCGCUCGCUGGGCGUGGUGGCCUCGGCCAAGUCGGCGCGCAUGCUCUACAUCGCUGCCGCCGCCGACAACGAGGCCGACGCCGUGCUGCUGAACUUUGCCGACGCCGAGAGCGCCCGCCGCACCGUCAACCGCUGGGCGGCCGACAAGACGGCCCAGCGCAUCCCCGAGCUGCUGCCCGCCGGUUCGGUGACCCCGGCCAGUCGCAUGGUGCUGACCAACGCGCUGCACUUCAAGAGCCCCUGGGCCAAGCCUUUCAACCCCGCCAGAACCACGGCCAAGCCGUUCAAGACCACACCGGACACGCUGCGGCUGGUGCCGACGAUGAGCGACGAGCGCGAAGUGCGCAUGGGACUGAUCGACAACGUCACCGUCAUGGAGCUGCCCUUUGCCGCACCCGGCUACGCGCUGCUGCUGGCCAUGCCGCCCGCGGGCCGCGACCUGCAGGCGCUGGUGGACGACGUGGACGGCAGCGAGCUGGCCGGCUGGAGCGACCAGCUCAAGCCCGUGACCUGCCGGCUGGAGCUGCCCAGGAUCAACCUCGCCCCCAAGCCGCAGGCGCUGAAAGCCGCGCUGCAGGCCCUGGGCGUGGACGCGGUGUUCGGCGCCGGCGCCGACUUCUCGCCGCUGCUGGGCCGCUCGGCCAAGGGCGUCUACCUGGACAACGUCUACCAGUCCGUCGCCGUCACGCUGGACGAGCAGGGCGGCGAGGCCGCUGCCGCCACGGCCGCGGUCGGCGUGGCCAAGUCCUUCAGCCCGCCGGCUCCGGUCUGCGCGGUGGAUCGGCCCUUCGUCUUCACCAUCGUCCGCAAGCCCUCGGGUGCGCCACUGUUCGUCGGCCGCGUCACCGACCCUUCGCAGCCCUGA